CCGAACUCAAUUACUCGCCAAUCCCGAUCAGAGUUCUCCGCGGUGCCAAACAAAGUGUCUGCCUUCAUCUCCCGCAAACCUCCCGUCAACACGCGACGGACUACAAACGCCGGUGACCUAAUCUCUUCGCUAUUCUCCGCCGAGCGAAUACCUCCGGCUGAUAUCGAAGAUAACUAAAAAAUGGACAGCACGGGGAUCAUUAAGCAAGAAGCAUCACAGCCUCUUCCUCUCGAGAUCUAUGAGAUACCGGGAGAGCCUGCGGUUGUUAUCAACGGUGUCCCUGAUGAGCCUCAAACAGAUUCUAUGAUAGCCAAAGACGAACCAAAACCAUCGAGCGCCGCCACUGUAGGAUGUGGAGAAUGGCUUGAAGGUAGAGAAGUUCGGAAGUUUUUCUUGGGUCAGUACUAUUCCGGUACGGUGACAAAGUUCGACAAAGGCACUGGGUGGUACAUGGUUGAGUAUGAAGACGGGGAUUCUGAAGAACUUGACUGGUCUGAGCUAGAAGAAGUGCUUCUACCUAUGGAUGUUACUGUGCCACUGAGAUCAAUCUCGUUAUGGAUCCUUAAGAAUCGUCAGACACAGGCUCAAGCUUAUGGAUCCAUGCCGAAACGAACAAGAACCAUCUUCGCCAUGGCUAGACAUGUUCUUCUUGCCCUGUUCUCAGCUCUUCUUCUUGCAACUGCCAUCACAACAUCGGAAGCUUUCUCAAGAACAGUGAAGGCACCAUAUCAAGCACAUAAGCCGAAGAAGCUAACCCACCUCCACUUCUACUUCCACGACAUUGUCUCCGGAGCCAAACCAACCACGGCCAUAGUCGCUGUGGGUCCAGCUACAAACACAUCUGCAUCCGCUUUCGGUAUGGUUGUAGUCAUUGACGACCCAUUGACCGUUGGACCCGAGAUCACCUCAGAGGAAGUAGGGAGAGCCCAAGGGAUGUACGCAUCGGCCGACCAGAAGAGUUUCGGUUUGUUUGUGGCUUUUAACUUGGUGUUCACAAAGGGUGAGUUUGCCGGUAGCACGGCGUCGUUAUAUGGUCGGAAUCCGGUAAUGUCGAAGGUGAGAGAGAUGCCGAUCAUCGCAGGCACGGGUGCUUUCAGGUUCGGAAGAGGAUAUGCACAGGCCAGGACUUUUACUUUCAAUACUACGAGUGGAAAUGCUGUGGUUGAGUACAAUGUCUAUAUUUGGCACUAAGAUGGAAAACUCGGUUGAAUACACUAAGAGGGGAAUAAAAUGUUUUUUUCUAAUUUAUAUUGUGAUUUGAUGUUUUUAUUGUAAUAAGUUUUGGUUCUUAUGUAUUUUAUGUGGUGAAUUUUGUUGUGAAGAUAAUCCAUUUAAUUA